AUGAGAACCCCCAAUUUGUACGCGUACAGGAACCAUGGCUCAAUCGAUUCCGAUGCCGAAGAGGUCAACGACGACGACGACGACAAUUGCGAUGACAACAUAGAUCUAAGUUUCGCCAGAAAUGGAAAUUUCAUCAAUUACGAGGAGUCCAAGCGACACCCAAAGAAGAGAAAGCUAGAGUCCUUCGUCUCCAACUAUGAAAUCGGACCUCGGAGAGAAAUCUGGAGCGAGGAUGAAAGCUCGGUUCUGCUGGAAGCCUGGGGCGAGAGGUUUUUGCAGCUCGGCCGCAGGAGCUUGAGGGCUGACGAUUGGGCUGACGUCACGGAGAAAAUAGUGGAAAUGGGCGUAUCAGAGAGGACGGAGGCAGAGUGCCGGAACCAAAUGGACGUGCUGAAGAAGAAAUACAAAAAGGAAAUGGGCAAAGUGGAAAGUGGGCAGGGGAGCAAAUGGGUGUUUUUCAAGAAAAUGGAUGGGCUGCUGAGCACGCGGAAUACAAGAGGGCAUUCUUCUGGGCUAGGCUGCGGUGUGGAUUCAGGUGAAUACGUUUUUCUGAACCCAAAAGUGUACCUGGAAAUGUCUAACGUGUUAGACGAGAUGAGAGACAGCCCUGGACAGUCGGACGAGGAGGAUAACAACGAUGGUGAUGAGAGGGAAAAUGAAGCUGAGUCUGAUGGUGAGUCGACUCGGGUGUUGGCUGAGUCGAUUCACAAGUUUGGGGAGAUAUAUGAGAAGAUUGAGGAGAGUAAGAGGAAGCAGAUGAUGGAGCUAGAGAUGAUGAGGCAGGAUUUCCAAAGGGAGCUGGAGUUGCAGAAGAAGCAGAUUGUCGAGCGUGCCCAGGCUGAAAUCGCUAAAAUAAGAGAAAUGGAUGAUGGUGAGGACGAUGAUGAUGAUGAUGAUACGUCUGUGGGUAAUUCUGGAGAUUGA